GCGUGCGCGGCCCCGCGGGCUGGCAGGACCCGGAUCGGCGGCGGCGGCGGGAGCUGGAGCAGGGCCCGGGGGCCCACGGCCGCCAUCACGGAUUUCCUGUGGGACAAGCGCACCGGGCUGGCUGCGAGGACGGUGCGGCGCGGCGCGGGGCGGGAUGGGAUGCCGCACUCCCGAAGGUACCGCUCGUCGGAGCGCAGCAGCCGCGGCAGUUACCACGAGCGCUACCGGAGCCGCAAGCACAAGCGGCGGCGGACGCGGUCGCGGUCCAGCAGCAGCGAGCGGGACCGGCGGCACCGGCGGGAGGACAGCUACCACGUCCGAUCCCGGAGCUACGACGACCACUCAGCAGACCGGAGAGCCUACGACCGGCGUUACUGUGACAGCUACCGGCGCAACGACUACAGCCGCGAGCGGGGCGACGCCUACUACGAGCCCGAGUACCGCCAUUCCUACGAGUACCGGCGCUCCCGGGACCGCGAGGGCAGCUACCGCAGCUGCAAAAGCAGCCGGCGUAAGCACAGGCGGAGGCGGCGCCGCAGCCGGUCCUUUAGCCGCUCCUCAUCGCAGCGGAGUCGACAGAGCAGCAGAAGGGCCAAGAGUGUGGAGGACGACGACGAGGGGCAUCUGAUCUAUCGCGUCGGCGACUGGCUACAAGAAAGAUAUGAGAUUAUCAGCACCCUGGGGGAAGGCACGUUCGGCAGAGUGGUGCAGUGCAUGGAUCACCGGAGGGGUGGUGCACGUGUUGCUCUGAAAAUCAUUAAAAACGUAGAGAAAUACAAAGAGGCUGCUCGACUGGAAAUCAACGUGCUGGAGAAAAUCAACGAGAAGGAUCCUGAGAACACAAAUCUCUGUGUCAGGAUGUUUGACUGGUUUGACUACCACGGCCACAUGUGCAUCUCCUUUGAGCUGCUGGGGCUCAGCACCUUCGAUUUCCUGAAGGAUAACAACUACCUGCCUUACCCCAUCCACCAAGUACGGCACAUGGCCUUCCAGGUGUGCCAGGCUGUGAAAUUUCUGCACGACAAUAAACUCACCCACACUGACCUCAAGCCAGAGAACAUCCUCUUCGUGAACUCUGACUACGAGCUCUCCUACAACCUGGAAAAGAAGCGGGACGAGCGCAGCGUGAAGAGCACGGCCAUCAGGGUGGUGGAUUUUGGCAGUGCCACGUUUGACCACGAGCAUCACAGCACCAUUGUCUCCACCAGGCACUACAGGGCCCCUGAAGUCAUCCUGGAGCUUGGCUGGAGCCAGCCCUGCGAUGUGUGGAGUAUUGGCUGCAUCAUCUUUGAGUAUUAUGUGGGUUUCACCCUUUUCCAGACACAUGACAACCGGGAGCACCUGGCCAUGAUGGAGAGGAUCCUGGGGCCAAUUCCCUCUCGGAUGGUCAGGAAGACAAGGAAACAGAAAUAUUUCUACCACGGCCGCCUGGACUGGGACGAGAACACCUCAGCUGGACGCUACGUCCGGGAGAACUGCAAACCACUGCGGCGAUACCUGAGCUCGGAGGCCGAGGACCAUCACCGCCUGUUCGACCUCAUCGAGAGCAUGCUGGAGUACGAGCCCUCCAAGCGGGUCACCCUGGCUGAGGCCCUCAAGCACCCCUUCUUUGACAUGCUAGGCAUGGAGCCCAGCACCAAAAUGUGGGACUCGAGCCGGGACAUCAGCCGGUGACGCCACAGGUGCCAGCCAGCCCUCGGAUUCUAGCCCCCGUGGAGGCCCGUGAGAUUUCUAUUCAGACACUUGGUGCUUUUUUUUUUUUUUUUUUUUUUUUUUUUUUUUUUAUACAUGAGAUGAAACUUCCUGGACACCUUUGUAAAGCUGUUAAUAUGUGAGAUACUGUAAAUAGCCCAGAUUCUUUGUCAGCCUUGGAGCACCAAGGGCUUGACCUGCUGUCGCUGCUGCUGUUCUUGUGAGGUGAGGGGGCUUUGUGUCUGUGCUGUAAAUACCUCUGGUCACGUGUUGCUUUGUCUCCUGGUCCUGCCCUCCUCGGUGUAAAUACUCCAGGACUUGCAGCUCUCUGUAGCUUCUCUGUUUCCUUGUAAGUUAUGGAACUGGUGGGACUGCAUGGGAAUUAUUUUUUGGAUCAAUGUCAUAUAGCCCAUCCCCACACCAGAGUUUUAUAAGAAUUUUGUACAGUCUUUGUGAAAAAUAAAUAUGAAGUGAAUAAAAGCAACUGGUCUGGGUUUGGCCUGGCAGCAGCUGAUCCUGGGGCUGUUCUGCUGUGCCCUGUGAGGAGAAGGAGAGGGAUGAAAGAAACUUUGUGGUCCAGCUCUGUACACCUGCACCAUUCCUUCUGUGAGGAAGAGCAGGAUCUGCUCUUGGCCAUUGGGGCUGCAGCUGGACCCGAGUAGAUGGUGGUGUGGGGGACAGGAAAGCAAGGACUGGCCCUUUCUUCAUGCCCUGGGUCCACUGUUGGGGUGGGAGGCAGAGAAAGGACAGCAGGGCCCUUUGACAGCUGUUCUCUUACCUGAAGAAACCUCUCAGCCUCAUUUAGGGGGGAGCACUGGCUGCUGCUGGUGGCUGUUGGAAAAGGGGUUGUGAGGAGCCCACAUCAGGCUGUCCUACACCACCUCAGGGCUGUCUGUGUCUUUUUGGCUGUUCCCAGCUCUGCAGAGAGGCUGGGCCUUGGUUUGGGCUGUUCCCUGGGCAUUGUUGGGGCUGUGUCACAGCUGAUGGCAGGGGAGAGAAUCUCACAGGGGUGUAGGUGACUCUGCUUUAACCCUCUGCUGUGGCACCAUCAGGCUGUCCCCAUGCAGAGGGGAAAGGAAACGUCAGGGUUCACCUGGAGGGAGUGUGGGCAGUGUCAGGAAGGGUGACAGUGAGGAGUCUCCAUGUGAUCCCAACUCACUGAGCUUGGGCUGGGAGCCCUCACCUGAAUCCUGAGGCAGCAGGGACAGAUCCUGUCCCACUGCCUGUGCACCCAGCACUACACCGAGGCUGGAGGAGAAUUAAAUUGACUCAUACCUGUGCUCUGUCUUACACUUCAGGAAAAUAACAAACUCCUGCUGGUGUCCAAAAGCCAAAUCCAGGAACAGCUGCAGGUUUGGGCUGAGGUGGGAGCUCACAUGUGGGAUUCGUGUGUCACACUCAGUCUGUUCAGAUGCUAAGGAGUAUUUUGUAUUUUUAGAAGUCUGCUGAGCACUGGGAGGGGACGGGUCCUGCUCCUGGGAUGCUAAGGAAUCGUGUUGGGGAGGGGGUCGGUGUGCAGCCCAUGGGCAGCUGGAGCGGAUGGAUUUAGAGAUCCCUAUAAAUAACUGGUGCAGGAGACACAAGAGAAAUUCCCCAAGUGCUCGGUGACAGCUGCUGGAGUGGCCCCCGCGCCC